UCCUCGAAAAUGUAAUCCAUUUUCUGACCGUACACGUGGAUGAUUAAAGAAAACGCUCCAACCGUGCCGAGUUAAUCACCAUUUAUGUACGUUAAUGGCCGUGUCCAAAUCGGUCGCCUGUACUGGUCACAGAAUCAGACGGUCAACGUUCGAUGAUCACACACACUCUCUCUCUACUUAAACCCCCCCUCUCUCCUCCUGCUUUCUCUCUCUAUAGUUUGUAUUCUAUUCACACGGCGCAUUGUAGAGAAAAUGGUGCAUCCUGUGGCGGAGGCGAGCGAUAAGAGCCCCUACGGCUCACUCACUCCCGACGAGUUCUACACUCGCCACUCGGUGACUCACUCCUCCGAGUUCAUCACAAACCCUCGCGGCCUCAAGCUCUUCACUCAGUGGUGGUCCCCACUCCCUCCGACCAAGGUCGUCGGCACCGUCGAGUUCGUCCACGGCUACACCGGCGAGACCAGCUGGUUCCUCGAACUCACCGCCGUUCACAUCGCCAAAGCAGGCUUCGCCGUCUGCGCGAUCGACCACCAGGGACAUGGAUUCUCCGAGGGACUUUCAGUUCACAUCCCCGACGUCAACCCCGUCGUCGACGACUGCAUCAUGUUCUUCGAUUCCUUCCGCGCGCGCUACUCGCCGGAUCUCCCCUCCUUUCUGUACUCGGAGUCGCUUGGCGGCGCGAUCGCGCUGCUCAUCACGCUCCGCCGCGGCGGCCGGCCGUACGACGGCGUCGUCCUGAACGGAGCGAUGUGUGGAAUCAGCGCCAAGUUCAAGCCGCCGUGGCCGUUGGAGCAUUUUCUGUCGCUGGUGGCGGCGGUGGCGCCGACGUGGCAGAUGGUGCCCACGCGCGGCUCGAUCCCGGAGGUGUCGUUCAAGGUGGAGUGGAAGCGGAAGCUGGCGAUGGCGAGCCCGAGGCGGACCAUGGCGAGGCCACGCGCGGCGACAGCGCAGGAGCUGAUAAGGAUAUGCAGGGAGGUGCAGUCGAGGAUGGCGGAGGUGGACGUGCCGUUCCUGAUCGUGCACGGCAGCGAGGACGUGGUGUGUGACCCGGCGUGCGUGGAGGAGCUGUACCGACGCGCGGCGAGUAAGGAUAAGACGUUGAAGAUAUAUCCGGGGAUGUGGCACCAGAUGAUUGGUGAGCCUGAAGAGGGCGUGGAGUUGGUGUUUGGGGAUGUGGUGGAGUGGCUGAGGACCAGGGCUGAACGCGCCGCCGCAGCUGGCGGAGAAGACGGUGGUUCUUCUUAGAUUAUGCAGCUCUCUAUAAGUACAAUAUAAGUUUGCCUGUGGAAAAUUAAAAAUUGCAAUAUUAGUGAUCAUGCAAAUGGGUUUUUGUUUGAAAUGCUUAAGCAAAGUACUCAAUUUGGCUUAAUUGAAUUUAACUUUUUCUUAGAA